CGGCUCCAACGCGUGCAUGCAUAUUGCAAACAUUAAUGGCUUCAGGGAAAUUCGCCUAUAUAAUCGCUGGUUUACGAGCGAGACGAGGAGAUAGAGUGAACUGAUAAUUUUCAGCAAUGGGAUUCUUUCAGAAGCAAUGGGUUUGCGUAUUGCUUCUUCUUUUGGGCAUUGUCUUGCAGUUGAGUGCAAUUUCUAUGGGAGAUGACAAGCUCGAUAAAGCGAGGUGGGGAGAUGACGAUGACUGUCGCUAUAGUAGGAGAGGCUGUGGCGGUGGCGGCUUUGGUCGUGGUCCACGUGGACGUUGGGGAGGACCGGGUCGUGGUGGUUUUGGUGGAGGAGCUGGAGGAGGUCUUGGUGGAGGUGCUGGAGGAGGUCUUGGCGGAGGUGGAGGUGGAGGAGGUGGGGGUGUUGGAGGAGGAUCAGGCCAUGGUGGCGGGUUCGGUGCAGGUGGAGGUGUUGGGGUUGGUGGGGGUGUUGGUGGAGGAGGAGGAGGUGGUGGUGGUGGAGGAGGUGGCGGGGGAGGAGGAGGUUUAGGUGGUGGGUCAGGACACGGGGGUGGCUUUGGAGCUGGUGGAGGUUUAGGGGGUGGCCAUGGAGGUGGAGCUGGUGGAGGCAUUGGAAUCGGCGUCGGAAUCGGCAUAGGAACAGGCCAUGGCUCCGGCAGUGGCUCUGGAAGCGGAGGAGGACAUUGA